AUGAUCUCCUCCGUUAUUCCCUCCCGAUUUCGGGGCGAACAGCCCGCUGUUCAGGCUGGUCCCCCCUCAUGGCUCAACACCAAGAUCACGCCCCUGCUCCAGCUCCUGUCCAAGAUCACCUCCUCGCAUCCAAUCCACACCGUGGUUGUGGUUGCACUGCUCGCCAGCUCGACCUACCUUGGUCUUCUCGAGGAGAGCCUUUUUGAUGCCACUAUCAGCGUUCGCAAGGCUGACUGGUCGUCCUUGACCGAGGGCAGCAGAAGCUUGCGCGCCGGUCCCGACUCUGCGUGGAAAUGGCAGUCUCACGAUGCUGAUGCAGUUGUUGGCAAGGACGUCGACCACUUGGCGCUCUUGACUCUCGUUUUCCCCGACUCCCUCUCAAACGAUGCCCCCAAGACGGCGCCUCUUGUGCAUACGGUUCCGAUCCCUCAGAAUCUCUCCAUUACCGAGCUGCCCUCCACCUCCAAUUCUCUCACGACUUAUUCCCAGGACAGCGCCUUGGCUUUCUCGCUCCCUUACAGCCAGGCGCCCGAGUUCCUUGCCGUUGCCCAGGAGAUACCCAAUGAUAUCCCAGGCCAGGAGACAAUCGAAACCGAGCAUGGAAAAGAGAAGAAGAUGUGGAUUAUGAAGGCUGCUAGGGUUCACACAAGAAGCAGCAUAGUGCGCUGGAUCCAGAAUGCAUGGGUGGAAUUCAUCGACCUCCUGAAGAAUGCCGAGACCCUCGACAUCAUCAUCAUGGUCCUUGGCUACCUCUCGAUGCACCUGACUUUCGUUUCCUUGUUCUUGUCUAUGCGCCGCAUGGGCUCGAAUGUAUGGUUGGCCACUAGCGUCCUCUUCUCCUCGGUUUUCGCCUUCAUGUUCGGUCUCAUUGUUACCACCAAGCUAGGCGUGCCAAUUUCCCUGGUUCUUUUGUCCGAGGGCCUGCCGUUCCUGGUCGUUACGGUUGGGUUCGAGAAGAACAUUGUUUUGACUCGAGCCGUAUUGUCCCAUGCGAUCGAGCACAAGCGCCUCCAGGAUAAGGCAGGAAAGAAGGCAUCUGAUCCAUCCUCUAGUGCGAUCCAAUCAGCCAUUCAGGUUGCAAUCAGGGAGAAGGGCUACGAUAUUCUGAAGGACUAUGCUAUCGAGAUUGGUCUGCUUGUCGCUGGCGCCGCAUCUGGUGUUCAGGGAGGCCUACAACAAUUUUGCUUCCUGGCCGCCUGGAUCCUGGUUUUUGACUGCAUUCUGCUGUUCACAUUCUACACAGCUAUUCUCUGCAUCAAGCUGGAGAUCAACCGCAUCAAGCGCCAUGUUGAGAUGCGUCGAGCAUUGGAAGAUGACGGGGUUAGCGGCCGUGUCGCUGAGAAUGUCGCCCAGAUGGCUGACGGCCAGGUCAAGCCUGGUACAUCUUUGUUCGGCCGACAGAUGAAGAGCACUAGUGUACCAAAGUUCAAGGUCUUGAUGAUUUCCGGAUUUGUCCUCGUCAAUGUCAUCAACCUCUGCACCAUCCCCUUCCGUGGUCCAAACUCCCUAGCCACGAUUUCUUCUUGGACUGGUGGUCUUGGCGGACUCGUCACCGCGCCCCCAGUUGAUCCCUUCAAGGUCGCUUCAAACGGACUGGAUGCGAUCCUAGCUUCAGCAAAGACAAACAACCAGGAAACGGUCGUGACUGUUUUAACUCCAAUUAAAUACGAGUUGGAGUUUCCGUCAGUUCAUUAUGCACUUCCUCCUAUUAAGCCAGGUAGCGAGGAUUCAGACCUUGGGUAUGGUAUGGGGGGACGAAUGGUGGGCGGUAUUCUAAAGAGUUUGGAAGACCCCGUUCUAUCAAAAUGGAUCGUUGUUGCAUUGGCCAUGAGUGUCGCGCUAAAUGGAUACCUGUUCAAUGCUGCGCGCUGGGGAAUCAAGGAUCCCAAUGUUCCGGAUCACCCACUUGACCCUAAGGAUCUGGACCAAGCACAACGAUUCAACGAUACCGAGUCUGCAACCUUGCCCCUGGGCGAGUACCAGCGACCAAGACAGCAGCUUCCGGCUCAACCGCCAACACCGGCACCGACUGAUGACGAAAAUGAUUCCCAAGUGCUUCCGCGUGCCAUGUCUACGAAGUCUUUGUCAAGCUCGGCGGUUCAGAGAAGCUUCCCAGAACUCGAGAAGAUGCUAGCGGAGAAGCGGGUGCCUGAAAUGACAGACGAGGAAGUGGUCACACUCGCGUUGAAAGGCAAGAUUCCAGGACAUGGUUUGGAGAGAGCCUUGAAGGAUUGCACCCGCGCCGUUAAGGUUCGGAGGACUAUCAUCUCACGGACAAGAGCGACUGCCGACCUUACGAGCCUGCUGGAUCGAUCUAAACUUCCCUAUGAUAACUAUGCCUGGGAGCAGGUUCUGGGGGCUUGCUGUGAGAAUGUCAUCGGCUACAUGCCAAUUCCUGUGGGUGUUGCUGGACCUCUUGUCAUCGACGGACAGAGUUAUUUCAUCCCGAUGGCAACAACCGAAGGUGUCUUGGUUGCAGGCGCGAGUCGUGGAUGUAAAGCCAUCAACGCUGGUGGAGGUGCUGUUACUGUUCUGACUGGCGAUGGCAUGACCCGCGGACCAUGUGUGAGCUUCGAGACGCUCGAGCGAGCUGGUGCCGCUAAGCUUUGGCUUGAUUCUCCGGCUGGACAGAACAUGAUGAAGAAGGCAUUCGAUUCCACGAGUCGUUUUGCGAGGUUGGCGUCGAUGAAGACAGCACUGGCUGGCACCAAUCUCUAUAUUCGAUUCAAGACAACAACUGGAGAUGCCAUGGGAAUGAACAUGAUUUCAAAGGGUGUCGAGCAUGCCCUCUCAGUCAUGUCAACAGAGGGUGGCUUCCCGGAUAUGGAUAUUGUUUCCGUUUCUGGAAACUACUGCAUUGAUAAAAAGCCAGCUGCUAUUAACUGGAUUGAGGGACGUGGCAAGAGUGUUGUGGCAGAAGCGAUCAUUCCGGGCGACAUUGUCAAGAAUGUUCUUAAAACUGACGUUGAUACGCUCGUGGAUCUCAACAUCUCCAAGAACUUCAUUGGCUCAGCCAUGGCAGCCAGUGUUGGAGGGUUCAACGCUCACGCAGCGAAUAUUGUUACGGCGAUCUUUAUUGCUACCGGUCAAGAUCCCGCGCAGGUGGUGGAGAGUGCGAACUGUAUCACCAUCAUGAAGAACCUGCGCGGAUCUCUCCAGAUCUCCGUUUCAAUGCCUUCCAUUGAGGUUGGCACGUUAGGUGGUGGCACGAUCCUUGAACCGCAAGGCGCUAUGCUUGAUCUACUUGGCGUCCGUGGGCCCCAUCCUACCAACCCCGGAGAGAACGCUCGCCGACUUGCUCGAAUUGUCGCUGCGUCUGUUAUGGCGGGCGAACUCUCACUUUGCAGUGCUCUUGCUGCCGGCCACUUGGUGAGAGCUCACAUGGCUCUCAACCGCUCCGCUCCCCCAACCAGGAGUAACACUCCUGCCCCGUCAUCUAGCGGCGCAAUGACCCCUGUCGGACUCGCCAUGACGAGUGCCGUUGAGAAGGCUGUCAAGAGCCCUGCUGCUGUUGAGCGAGCCAGGCGCUAA